CAUGGUCUUGGUCUGUGAGCAGAAGUGUAGAAUAGCCUUCUUUUGUUUCCUUUGCUACUGCGUCGCGAUUCCCAUAUACUCUAGUAUCGCUUUGCUUCCCCUAUCGCGACAAUGCCACGCCUUCGCGUCCCUCCAGAGCCGAAGCAGCACCAUCCAGAGCACCGUCGACGCCACCAAGACGAUGCGCCGCAUUCCAACGGCCGGCACCACGGACAUCAUGGCAUCAGCAGCCUCCAAGGGCACCUCGUCGCUGCGACGGGAGAAUUCGUUGGGACAUUUAUGUUCCUCUACUUCUCCUUCGCCGGUCAAAUCAUGCUCCAGACGCAAGCGAGCGACCGCGUAAAUGGAGGACCAAGUAGCCAGACAAAUAUCUUCACGGCGCUGCUAUACGGGUUCAGCCUGCUAGUUAACGUGUGGGCUUUCUAUCGGAUUAGCGGAGGGCUGUUCAAUCCCGCGGUAACCCUCGGCAUGGUCCUCACUUCCACUCUCCCGCCCAUCCGCGCGCUCUUCCUCUUCCCCGCGCAGCUCCUCGCCGGCAUGUGCGCCGCGGCGCUCGUCUCGUGCAUGUUCCCCGGCGACAUCAGGCUGACCAACACGACGCUUUCCCCCGGGACGAGCAUUGCCCAGGGCGUGUUCAUCGAGAUGUUCAUGACGGCCGAGCUGGUGUUCGUGGUGUUGAUGCUGGCCGCAGAGAAGAGCAAGGACACGUUUAUUGCGCCGAUAGGGAUCGGGUUGGCGCUGUUUGUGGCGAUGAUGGGCGGCGUGUUUUAUACGGGUGGCUCGCUCAAUCCUACGCGGAGCUUCGGCCCUGCUGUUGCGGGGAGGAGCUUCCCGGUUUACCAUUGGAUUUACUGGGUGGGUCCGUGUCUUGGUGCUGUAGUAGCUGCUGGGUAUUUUAGAUUCGUUAAGCACUUUCAUUACGAGCAGGCCAAUCCGGGGCAGGACUCUGCGGAUGGGGAGUUCGUCAGGGAGGGAGAGGCGGCGUAGGAUUUGGACGGAACAAAGGCGCAAUGGGAUAGGGGGGUUCAGGUUGAAGAUUAGGAAGCUGUACGGGAAAUCGGCACAAUGAGGAUAUAAGGAUGAAGAUAUAGGGAAGGUUGAUCGGUGCCGGGGGCUUUCAAGGCUCAACGUACAUCAGCUUCAA